AUGAUUACAGCUUCAAGAAAGCUGAGGCCUUACUUCCAGGCUCACAAAAUUGAAGUCUUGACAGACCAGCCCCUUAGGAACAUAAUGCAUAGCCUGAAGGCUAGUGGGAGAUCAAUCAAAUGGGCAGUAGAGCUUGGGGAAUUUGAAAUUCGAUACAAACCACGGGUGGCAAUCAAGGCUCAAGCUCUAGCUGACUUCCUCGUUGAAUGCACCAUUGACAACAAGGAAGUUAAUGGAGAAUUUGAGGCACGAGAAGAAACAAUGCUGAAAUACUUAAGGAUUGUGAAAGCCCAGAUGACGCAAUUUAAAGAAUGUUUGGUAGAACAUAUACCUAGGGAAGAGAAUACAAAGGCUGAUGCCUUAUCCCAGUUUGCAUCCUCAGAGAAUGAGGUGUGCUCGGGAAGUGUUUACUAUCAGGUUUUGAAAACCCCAAGUAUCAAUGCCAAGCUGGUAGCCCCAAUUGACACGGGGGCCACUUGGAUCGAUGAGGUCAAAACGUAUCUCGAAACUGGACAUCUACCACCUGAUGCUGGGGAAGCACGAAAACUACAAGUAAGAGCUUUAAAGUAUGCACUCAUUGAAGGGAUUCUCUAUAAGAAAUCUUUUGUUAUACCUUAUUUGAAGUGUUUAAGGCCGGAUGAGGCCCGGGAAGCCCUGAAAGAGGUCCAUGAAGGAAUCUGUGGCCAGCACCUAGGCGGGAGAGCCUUGGCUCACAAAAUUACUCGCUUUGGGUUCUUUUGGCCAAAUAUGCUGAAGGAUGCGAAGGAUUAUGUUAAGAGAUGCGAUCGUUGUCAGAGAUUUGCACCUGUUGUGCGCCAGCCCCCAGAGAUGCUGACAUCCAUUAACUCCCCGAUUCCCUUUGCUAUGUGGGGGAUGGACAUCCCAGGGCCGUUUCCACUCGCCAGUGCUCAAAGGAAGUAUGGCAUACCCCGAGUCUUGGUUACAGACAAUGGAGCCCAUGUCAACAAUCCAGAGUUUGUGGGAUACUGUAACGACUAUAGCAUUGAGCUACGAUUCACUUCGGUUGCCCAUCCUCAAGCCAAUGGGCAAGCUGAAGUAGCCAACAGGAUAAUCCUUGAUGGGCCAAAGAAAAGAGUCGAGAAAGCGCAUGGGUCUUGGGCUGAAGAGAUUCUCCCUAUACUAUGGGCGUAUCGAACAACCUGCAAGGUCUCCACAGGAGCAACCCCGUUCCAGUUAGCUUACAGGGCUGAAGCCGUGGUGCCACUUGAGAUAACUCAUACCUCCCCCAGGGUCCAGCAGUAUGAGCCCGAAGCCAAUGAGGAAGGAAUGAGACUCGCACUCGACAUGAUCGAUGAGGUCCGUGAUGAGGCUAACGCCAGGAUCGUUGAGAGCCAAAAACGAGCUUCCUAUUACUAUAAUCUCCGAGUCAAGGAACGAUUCUUCAGAAAAGGGGAUUUAGUCCUAAGGAAAGCUGAGGCCUCAGGAGUUGGUCCCGAGGGAAAGAUGGCCCCAAACUGGGAAGGUCCGUAUCAGGUGAAGGAUGUUAUUGGUCGCGGCUCGUACAAGCUUCAGACCCUGGAUGGAGUUGAGUUUCCAAGGAGUUGGCAUGCCACCAACUUGAAGAUUUAUUAUAUUUGA